CUCGUCCCAGGGAUUAGGCUUAGGUCCACCAGAUGGAAGGCAGAUGAGAGCAGCAGCUGCUUCUGUCCUCAGCCCAUUGGACUGCCACUGGGCUGAGCACCGGGUCCCGGACAGAAUGCGGACGUCUGGAAGAGAACACUGACCUCCAGGAUGUGGUAAAUGCAAACGCCCUGUGAAGGAGCUUUGUCCUCAGGGCCUCAACACUGCGGCCACUCAGGCUGUUCUCUCCAGAUUAUGGGGCAGUUUGUCUAUCUGGCCCCCUGUGGAUUAGCAUUCUUAAUUGGUUUAGGAUUAGACGUCAUCCAUUCAGGUUGAACGGAGUUCCCUGAGGUGGGUGCCUGUCUAUGUGUUGAGGGAACUAUUCCUAGUUUAUGAGGUGGUAAGGAUGUCGGUGGGGUGGGCUGGAGCGGUGACGGGUUAGGUCUGAGAGAAAGCCCUUGCACAAAACACUGUACAAACCCGAAAGGAAGUCUGAGAGACGAACCACCUUCCACGCUGAAGCUUCUAGAACUGGAGCAGAAAGAAGGUGUGGCCCAGGGCCAGCUCCGCCUCCUCCCCGGGAGGAAGCUGUGUGUCAGUUGCCGGAAGUCGCCGUGAGGUGGGGCUUAUGCGGCGGCGCGGUGAAAUAGAUAUGGCGACUGAGGGAGAUGUGGAGCUGGAGUUAGAGACUGAGACCAGUGGACCAGAGCGGCCUCCCGAGAAGCCACGGAAGCACGACAGCGGUGCGGCGGACUUGGAGCGGGUCACCGACUAUGCGGAGGAGAAGGAGAUCCAGAGUUCCAAUCUGGAGACGGCCAUGUCCGUGAUUGGAGACAGAAGGUCCCGGGAGCAGAAAGCCAAACAGGAGCGGGAGAAAGAACUGGCAAAAGUCACUAUCAAGAAGGAAGAUCUGGAGCUGAUAAUGACCGAGAUGGAGAUAUCUCGAGCAGCAGCAGAACGCAGCUUGCGGGAACACAUGGGCAACGUGGUAGAGGCGCUUAUUGCCCUAACCAACUGAUGCGUGCUUCCACAAAUAAACCUACUGGAUUAAUUUAUGGCAAUAAAAAUUUUUUUGUCUUUUUCAGUUUAAUCA